GUAACUGAAACAAGUUUCGCGCAACUACAAGAAACAAGUUUGGACACAAGCAGUUAUGAUUGCAAUAAUUAAUAUAUUUUUGAUAAUGCUGUUGAUAUUUCAAGUCAAUGCCUAUGAUCCAAAUGAUACUAAAAUAAGUGAGUGCUGUCUGCCACCGUCUGGUAUGUUUGAAGCAUUUUAUCCUCGUGAAGUGGAUGGCAUUCCCAAUAGUGCAUCUCGUCCAGCAUUUGGACAUGGCAGCUUCUUUAAACAUCGUAAUCCAGCUCUGGUGGAUAUAAAAAACACAGCAGCCUAUGGCUAUCGCUUUGAUGGCAAGCGCCGCUUCAACUUCGAUUGAUGUUCAAAUAUGUAUUUUUCCUAAUGCGUU